AUGCGAACUUACAACGAUUUAUUAAAAAAUUCAACAUCAUUCAUUUCCCAAAAGGCUUUUGAAUAUUCUAGGCAAUACGAUUUCAGCUCUAAUAAUUGAUAUUUUAGAACACCUCCUUCUUCAGCUUCCCUUAAGCGUAAAAAGCCAUGUGAAAACGCUAUAAAGCUUAUAGACUGUUUGCAUAUACUUAUGAAUUACAAAAAUAAUGAUUAUGAUCGUUUUUAUAAAACUUAUGAUCUAAGUGUCUUAUGGAAUUUGGAUCAUCAAUGAUGAAAUUAUGCGGUAAGAUUGACUGAUAAGCAGCUGAUGAAAAUAUCUGAAGUUAUUGAAGAACUGGAUAGCUGAAGUUCUGGAGCAAAUUGUCAUUUGAAAGAUAUUUAUUUAUGAAUUAAAGGGACGAGCAUAAAACUUUUAGCAGUCAGAGCAAAAUCUAGCUGUGAAAAGAUUAGAGAAGAAGUAGAAAAAAAGAGAGAGUCAAAGAAAAAAGAGUUAAGAUGUCUACAAAGAGAGCUGCUGGAUGCUAUAGAUUUUAAAUCUAAAAUCUAA